CGCAUCCUGCAUCCACCACCAUUAGCUGAAGCAGCUAGGAGCUAGCUAGCCUCGGCUUCUUGUUCUUCUCCCACCUUUCUUCUCCAGUAACCUCUGUUGCUGCCCACGUUCGUUGACUUCACUCAUAGCAUCAGACGUGUACAUACGUUUCUGCCCGUGGCCCAGAUCUAGAGAGAGAGAGAGAGACGUGAGAGAAGUAGUAGGGGAGAUGGAUGUGAAGAGGAGCAGCAGUGGCAGUACGGCAGCGGAAGGGAAGAGAAGCAGAGCGAGCAACAGCAGCGGCGGCGCAUCGGCGGCGACGACGGUGGCGAGGAAGGAGGUCGAGAGGAGGAGGAGGCAGCACAUGAAGAGCCUCUGCGUCGAGCUCGCCUCCCUCAUCCCCAAAGAACACUACUCCUCCAAGGAUACGUUGACCCAGCAGCAGGCUAGCCUGGACGAAGCGGCUGCGUACAUCAAGAAGCUCAAGGAAAGGGUGGACGAGCUGCAGCAGAAGAGGAGCUCCGCGCAGCUCUUGGCUGGCGUGAGAGGAGGAGGUAGUGGUGGAGGAGGAGCCUCGACAUUGGCCGCGACGACGACAACGAGCAGCGGCGGCGCGGGUUCAGAAGAAGCCGACGAGGAGGCCAUGGCGGCGGCGCCGCCGGUUGUGGAGGUUCGGCAACACCACGACGGGUCGAGCCUUGACGUGGUGCUCAUCAGCAGCGUGGCGCGGCCGUUCAAGCUGCACGAGGUGGUCACCGUGCUGGAGGAAGAAGGCGCCGAGAUCAUCAACGCCAACUUCUCCGUCACCGGCCGUAAAAUCUUCUACACCAUCCACUCUCGGGCCUUUAGCUCGAGAAUCGGCAUAGAGGCUUCAAGGGUUUCUGAAAGACUAAGAGCAUUAGUAUGAUAUUACUAAGGGGCAGCUUGGUUCUGAGCCACCGAUUGCCACGCCCAGGUGUGGUGCCGCUGCAGCUUGUAUGGUGUGAAAAAUGGACGCCAUACUUUGUGGCGAGAUUUCUACCUCGGCAUCCUGUUUGUCAUUUCUGGUGGCUGCCAACGCAUAAUCAUCAACCAAGCACAACCACAUUUCUGUGGCGCCGCCCCACCUGCAGCGUGGCAGGUGGUGGUUGGGAACCAAGCGCGCUCUAAGUCCAUAUGUACAUAUCUGAACCAGCGGUAUAAUAACCAAGACAUCAGAUUUUUCCUGAAUGUAUUAAGUUGUUAGAAGGGAAAUCAUGUACGCAGAUCUAUUAUA